AACACGUAGUAUGAUUAUACAGUCGAUUUAAACAGUAUACUAUAACAGUCGAAUAUUAAACCUAUAUGAUAUAACACUAGUAACAUGAUAAAUAUUAAGAUUAUUCUUUUGCUUAGUCUAACAGCGUAUGUGUGGUGUUCUGGCAAUAAUGAAUCUAACAGAAAUGACAACAUUAAUAGAAAAGGAAAAGGAAAACGCAAUAAUAUAAGCGGCCUACGAAGCGAUUUUCUUUCAGGAUUUAUGGACAACUUUAUGGGUGAUGAUGAAGAUUUUUUUAGGCCUACGCAUCACGGUAAAGGAAAAUCACAAGCUGAGCAAACAUCAGAACAAAAUGCAAGUGGAUCGCACCCAAGUCGGGCCUACGGCAAUAGUCAAGCAUAUGCAGGUGGUGGUUCCAGCUAUAAUAGUAAUUCGCAAGAACCUCAGCCAGGAGUAGAAUGGAAUAAUAUGUUUGAUGACUUUCCAAGAUGGAUGAAAGAUAAAAUACCGCCAACUGUUCCAACGGGAAUGCCAAUGGACUACAAUAGGGAUAGCCAAUCACGAACAUAUGACUACGGUAAUAGAUAUGCAAACCGUGGUAUGCCACCAAGAACCGAUAACGUUAGCGAAAAUAUUAGACGUCCGGGAGGUAGUCGAGAAGGAAGUUCAUCUGUUAACAUUCAGUCAGCUGAUGUUCGUGGUGGUGGGGAAACACGAGGAUACCGGGGUCCUAACGUAGACAUGACCGGUGACAACUUUACUAUUGACGGCAAAAAUGUUACCGGCUCGUCCGUACAAUUUACUAAUGCUGGAGUCUAUGUCGACGGUAAAUUAGAUCCAAAAUAUGGAAAAGGAGCUCAAUGAGGACCAGGAAGAUGAUAUAAAAGAUUAAGAUAAGUUAGCGGUGAAAAAGAAGACCAAAAUUUAAAAAGAUAAUAUAAGAAAUGUCGUUUUUCCAUUAAUAAAAUAUUUGUUAUGACCAUUUAAAAAAUAAAGUAACGCCUCUAUCUGU